UUUUUACACUAAAUGCGCUUCUCAGCCUGCAAGCUGCGUUUCGUGAUAAAAAACUGCAUCGCUCAGCAGCAGAAAUAUGGGAUUAGCAAAAUAAAUUUCAUUUCGCACGAGGAUCCAUUUACAAUAUUCCUUGAUGGCGGCAGUGAGUUUAAGAGCAUAAAGAAUGAUUUGAAUAGUCUUAAAUCUGACAUGGCAGAUGCGCUGAAAGAGAUGCAAACAAGAUUCAAUCUAAUUGAAGCCAAGGUAGAUAAGUUAAAUAGCAUCGCGAAUGGUUUGGCAGAUGGGCUGAAAAAUUUAAGUCAGCAAUUAUCGAAGAAUAAUGGCAAUAAUUCAAGACGCGCUUGCACAGUGAAAUUAGAAGAAGAGCUGAAUUAUAAGUAUUCACCAUUCGUGUGAAUUAAGAGUUGUUUAAUUUUUUUCUUUGACAUUAAACAAUGGAAUUUUAAAUGUAUAUGUAUAUGUAUAUUGCUUGAAUUUAUU